UUUCGCAGCCUUGCGGAGCGGAGUUACAACUGAGAAGUUUGGUCUCAAGUCUACCGCAGAUCAAUAUAAUUCGAGUCAUCCGCCCUUUUAUGUAUUCUUUGGUGUAAGUCGUUGACUCCGAUGGUUGGCAGUCUCGCGGGAGUAUUCAUCUUUCUUUCCAUUCGUUCUUAGAGCUUCUCCUCGCCUGGCAAAGGUGGCAUACCUUUGUGAAAAAGAUGGCUGCACUCUCUGCCACAGCCCGACCUCUCCUUCGACUUCGGAAUCUUCGAUCAUGCGUCCCCCACCGCUUCGCGACUUCCUCUUCGUCAGCCGCUACCGCGAGCUCCAAACGUAUCCCCAAGAUCUCUUCUCCGAACUCCAUAUCAAAAGCGAAUGUCUCCGCCCCGAAAGGAUCCUCAACGCAACUAGGCAAAAGCCAGCCGCCUAGCAUACCUGUGCUGGGCGGCCCAGCGUCGCAGUUUAUAAAGGAGCUGCCCCCGGAGCUAGCGAGAAAGCAAUGGUACGCGCAAAAGCUAUACGAGGCAGGGCAAACAGCUAUAUACAGACCCCCAUCUCACUUUGGGAUCUACGCCGCGUCAUUUGUAAUGGGAAGCAGUUCUUUGGCGAUUGCUGGUCUUCUCGCAUACGGUAACAUCUGGGCUUGGGAAGGAGACUCCGAACUACCAUGGUUUGUGCCAGUCGCACAUCGAUUGGGGAUUUUCGUCUUCUCGGCCGUCGGCUGGCUGAUUAUGAUGCGAUCAUUAAGGUUCAUCAAAGCAAUCGACCUUGUGCCGGUAAACGGGAUUGUCAAGUUGGCGGUCCAGGUACGCCGGCCACUACCUUUUCUGAAACCCAAAGAAUUUCUUGUCGCGCCUUAUCGCUUUCAAAUGGACUCAAAGUUCGUGCAACAACUAGAGGAACCUGUUUUCAUCGCGGACCAUGCAGAAGUUUCGUCUUCAGCAAACAGAGCCUCGAGAGGAUUCGCCUCAAGUAUUGGUCGAGCCAUCAGCAAAGCAAUCUAUUAUCCGUUUGCAUCAACGAGAAGGGUAAUGACUCUGGAAGGUUUUAUGUUCGUCAACUUUGAGGGGAGCCGUGGCAAGAUGAAGCUUGACACGCAGGGUCUUUUCUCCAACGGAGCAAAGGAUCUUAUCGAAAUGGGCACUAUAAAGUUCUGAUCGUCUAUCACGCCAGGGCUAUCGAAGAAACUAUUCUGGAGCUUCUUGCCACACAUGCCAGAGGAAAGCCAUGGAUCCGACUCGCAGCAGAUUCACAGCAGACUUCUGGGCAGCCAUUUGAGGUCAGAAGAAUGUCGGACAGAGUUUCAUGGGAUAUUGUAAUACCCAAGCGGCUCUAGAUACUUUGGCUCAGCCCUUCCAGCAGGAAAUGCAGGUCGGUUCAAACCAAAAGCCACGCAGCGAUGAAUUUCAUAUCAGACACCGAUGUCAAUUGACAGUAAAGUCUCGGAUGUUUGGACCACGAUCUGUUGGCCUACAGCUUAUAUCCCUCGGGUUGCACACGAUGAAGAGGCUACUUAAGCAACGAAUGGUCUUUUUCGAGGCAGCUGUAUUAUCAUUAGCAUGUACAAUACCCGGGAAAUCUUCACUAUACCCCUUUCCCUCGAGGUACUUGAAAGGUACUUCCUUAUCAGUGAGGUAACCUGCUGCUCCUGGAGUUCCUCCUUCAGUCUUUGGAUCUAUGAUGCUCUUCCAAUUCUCCAUGGCCUUCAAAACUCGCCGGUCCCAAGUCACAGGUCCGCAUGGUAUUUUCUCCACUGCUGCAAAAUGGCAGUUCCCACAACGGCAUUGUUCGGAGAUGGGUGGUCUUAUACUGACAGUGGUCCACGGAAAAUAUGUGACAAAAUAUGCAGAGAUCUUGUCAACUAAAGUCCAUCGAGGGAUUAAGUCUACGACCUGUGGCAGGACACGGGCCGUACGGCAGCUCUUUGUGGCGCGAGACCGGGAUGCAACUAUACGAUCAGUAUGUAGACGCCGCAUAAAG